GUACAGACUGAUCGAGCACCGAAGGCCGCCCCACGACAAAAACAACAGAUCAAGUCUUCGGAAACUGAGCAUUGUAGUGAAAGACAAGUGCCUGUCAGCAGAACAAUUUCUUCAGGCGAUAGUUCUGAUAAUAGACACUCAAAGAGGCAGGUCAUUGCAGAAGUACACAGUUCGCAAACACAGUUACUUCGGUCUAGCAGCGAAGAUGAUAUUUUGUCAGAGAGAAAAGAAAAAAAGAAGAAGAAGAAAUCAAAAUGGAAACAGAUAUCGGAAUCUGCACAGUUGAUUGGAGAGGGACAAGAAAAUACAGGUUUUCAGUUAGAUGAAAAUACUUCAGUCAAAAGUCCUUCUAGGUUAUCUAAUAGAAGCUAUACGUUAGAAACACCCACGUUUUUAGUUGAAGAUAUAAAAUUGUUAACGCGUAGAGCCCUCUUUCAAGACGGUUUUGAUUCUAAAGACAGUAAGAUUGAUGCAAGUCCUUCUCGAUUAUCAUGCAAAAGUUACACCGUGGAAACACCGACUUUUCCUGUUGAAUCGACCAGUAAGUACGAACCUGUUUUACCAAAAAUCAAAACUCCAUUACCACUUCCUAGGAGGAAAUCCCUUAAGUCUUCCUCUGGGGCAGAAGGAGAUGGUUUAGAAAAUACUCCCAAGAAAGAGGAGUACCGCAUUCCUAAAGUUAAAGUUGAAAGUGGGAGAGGUGACACAAUUGCACUGGUUCACCACUCCCCCUCCCAGAAGAAUGAAGAGAGCGAACAAGAUCUUUCAAGAAGUUCAGUAGCUGUCAAACAUUGGGAUUCUGCUUCCUUGUGUACAGAAGAAGAUAUACCACUUUCAGUAAGAAAGCAAAAGAAAAAGAAAAAGAGAAGAAAACGAUCAAAAUCAAGAGAUGAGAUAGAAUUGCAAGAAUUAAACUCUAGUGCAAUUAAUGAAAAGGAUGGGUAUAUUGAAGAAGGACUCGAUCAUGCUACCAGUGAAGACAAUUUUAAAGGAAGUGAUUUGCCAGAAAAAUCUUCAUCUUCUGCAGGUGAAGAGAUUGUGGUGGUCACUGUUCACGGGAUGGACUGUCCCUUAGUGGACCCACUGGUCCGCCAUCCAAUGGUCCGCCUCCAUGUCAUUGACACGAUGACGGGGGAGUACCGUCGUAAGUUAGAUCCUACCCGAGCGGUCUGCUACUAUGGAGAAAGUACUGGCUACAUCCCCCCCAUCAUGACCCACAUGUACGACUUCAAACAGCAUCGGAGUGUUACACCGCAGUGGGAGGAACGUCUGGUGCUGAAUGAACCAUUCCCUGUGCUGCUAGGCCCCUCCACUUUUCUGCUACUGGAGGUGUGUGACACUGUGCCCGCCACAGUAGCCUGCUCAGCAGCCCGCCACCACAAGCUGGGCGGGGCAGCGGGUUGGCACGUGGUGGCCUGGGCCUUCCUGCGGCCUAGUGGCGUUGCAGUUGACCGAGCCAGACUACAGCUUUACAAGCCCGCCAGACCGCCCAAACACAUCCGGCCACUUUCACCUGUUGUGUACGAGUGGUGGGGGACAGCUGAUAGACGCAAGUACCCAGGCUGCUUAUACGUGUCGGUGGGCUCGUCGAGCCCGCUACCUCCUCCCUCUCCUCGGCUGCGCUCCCAACUGCCUCUCCAGUCAGAACAAGGCUCUUUGGCCUCGGUACGUUCUGCAUCCGUGGCGGGCUCAGUUGACACAAACCUGACCUCUGGUGGUAGUCAGACUAAACAGGAUGAGAAGGUGCCAGAGGUAGUGUGGUCUCGCAUGGUAGCCCAGAGCUGCAAGUUGCCCAAUGCCAGGGCACACAGCCUCGCGGUAGAUGGCAGCAUGUGUGUGCGGUUCAGCCACAACGGGUUGUGGCUCGCCUGCGCACGCCAGGAGAUACAGAUCUACUCAGUGCCUCAGUUUGGUCACUCUGCUACUCUCUCAGGCCACCAGGGACUGGUGUACUCUCUGUGGUGGAGCAGUGACAACAAGAUACUUGUGUCUGCGUCCGCUGACUGUACAGUCUGUGUGUGGAGACCUGCUCACAGCAGCUCUGUUCUCUUGCAGAUGUUGGGACACCCGUCGUUCGUGUACUGCGCUGUGUUGGUGCCGACGCGCAGCAGCUGCUCGCUGGUCUCAGGAUGCCACGAUGGCGCAGUACGUCUGUGGAGAGGGGAGACACACUCGGACUACCAGUUGGCCCAAGAGUUGACCGGGCACGUCGGCUAUGUCACGGCUAUCUGCGUCACUGUCGACGGCUCCCGGAUAGUGUCAGCUGACAGUAACGGCUCACUCAGGAUAUAUGAUGUGGAUGACGAUGGCAGUCUGACAGGGGGCAGGGAGCUGAGAGUGAGGGAAGUGCGAGGAACAAUCGUCAACAGCGUAGUGGCGCACCCUGGCGGUCACAGGCUGUUGGUACACCUGCGGGACUCCACAGUUCGCAGUGUCGACAUAGCCACCGGUGCAGUCAUUCAGACUUUCAAGGGCUGUACCAACGACCGCAUGCAGACUGGAAUGUGUGUGAGUGCGUGCGGAGGUCUGGUGUUCGCGUGCGGGGAGGAUGGGACUUUGAUGGCGUGGGAUGGACUUACCGGUGCGCUGCGUGCCGUCUACUGCGGGUUACUGCCACCAGGCUGCGCUACUGUGCACUACCACCCUCAUGAGCACAUGCUUGCAGUCGCCUCUCUCUCUCAGCCGCCAGUUCACAUCCUCACUUUCGACAAGAAUGCAUCAGGAGAGGACAUCGGCUUGAGGAUCGUGAAGAAUGGAAUAACUGCUGUUGACGUUAUUGAGAAAAUGAAAGAUCUGCACAAUUCAAACAAAUGGCAGAGGGCGGCUUCCAAAAUUACAGCCAGCUCAUUGCAAGCUUCAAUGCUUCAAGACAAGAACAUUUUUAGAAAAGAAAAGAGUAAAGCCGGUGAGAAAAGAACAAACUGGACGACCUCAGAGUACAAACUGGCCCAGUCUUCCUCAAUUGGGACACUAUGCCGAAUAUUCCCCAGGCGCUAAAGAUCUUCGCUUGCUGGAGAUUCUCGAGAAGAUGGAUAGCAUUAUCCUUGCCGCCAAACGUUCUAGUCAAUCUUAGCAGACAUGAAUUGUCUUUCGUUAAUUGAGAAUUAGUGUUCAGAAUCAUAAAUCUGUUACAGGUGAUGUUGCUUUGAAGUGACAAAUAUAAUGAACAUAAUUUGUGAAACAAAAAAGCACAUUGUAUGACAAUUAGUUAUUUUUGGAAUCUGCAUUUCAACCUAAACUAGUAAUCGACUUUUGAAUUCAAUUUAAAUGUAAAGUAUUAGCAUGCUUUCAGUAAGAGAUCAGAAUUAAACUGUAAUACACUUUGAGCUAAUGAAAAUGAUUGAAGAGUUGUUAAUCCAUAAAAUUACAAGCUUUCAAGGACAUGUGAAACUAUAUUCUGUAAACAACUCUAUCACUAUGGAAACUAUUAGCCUAGUGCAUCAGCAUAAAUAGCAAAUAUGAGUUGCUGUUUCUUAAAACUAUACUUAAUUUAAAACAGCAUCAAAAUAAGUCAUGAAAUCCAUUUUUGUGCAUGUAAAUCAAAUGAGUCGAGCAGAAAGCGUCCGUUCAUAUAGUAUCUUUAUUUACUUAAUAUUUGCAAUCUAAAGAACUUUUUUAAUAUUCAAGAAGAAUUAAAGAACUGUCCGAGAGCUGGAUACUUGUUGCAACCAUUCCUUUACACAUUGCUAUUUAGUUCAAAUCAGAAUUUAGUUCUGAUCGCAGUAAAAUUUCUGUGCAAAAUAGAACAGUUGAUUCUUGUAUUAUUAUUCCAUUAGACUAUAAGGAACUGAUGAAAAUGUAAUAAGCAACAAUUUAUUGUAGACCGUUGAUGGUGUUCAUUGUAUUUUCAUUUCUUUAAGUAUUACGACAAUAAUAAAGACGAAGUCUCUGAUUCUGCUUCCCCCCUUGGAGUAUUUGUGAGGUGACUUCAACUAUUGUAGUUUUUAAUUUUAAAAUCAUAUCUAGUCAUACCUAGUCAACAGAAUCCGUCCAUGUGAAUUAUAUAUUUAUUUUAAUAAAUAUUUUUUUUAUA